GCGUUCCGAUAACGUCAAACCAAAAAGCGUGUGAAAAUUGAUCGGCUAAUACUGACUUGUUUUAAAGUUGUAACGGCUAAUACCAAAAAGAAAAUCAAAGGCCCAAAAUUCUUCAAAACAAUGGCUCUCCUAUUCAACACAAAUCUCAUCAGAGCUCCUCUUACUACUUUCCACUCAAUUCCAUUUUCUUCUUCUAAGCAAUUCCCCAAUUACUCUUCUCUCUCUGUUCGUUGUUCCAGUAAUCAACAGAGUGAUGAAAGCCGAGAUUCCGAUCAAGAUGAACCAAAGAAAAAGAAAAGACUCUCUGAACAGUCUUCAUGGGAAACCAAAGAUUCUGAAGGCAACGAUUAUCUUUACAGGCUUGGUGCUGAGGCCGAUAAUAUGAAUAUUGCAGUUGGUGCUAGGGCUGGCGUCAUUGAUAGCCUCUUCGCCGGAAAUUUCCUUGGAAAAGACUCGGAUAUUGUGUUUGAUUAUCGGCAGAAGGUGACUAGGUCGUUUCAGUACCUUCAAGGCGAUUACUAUAUUGCACCGGUGUUUCUGGAUAAAGUCGUGUGUCACAUUGUGAAGAACUAUAUUUCUCAUCUUUUGAACGCCAAAGUUCCCUUGAUUCUAGGUGUUUGGGGAGGAAAAGGGCAAGGCAAAUCAUUUCAGACCGAACUGAUCUUUCAGGCAAUGGGAAUUGAACCUGUCAUUAUGUCUGCAGGAGAGCUAGAAUCAGAAAGAGCAGGAGAACCCGGAAAGUUAAUACGUGAGCGUUACAGAACUGCUUCUCAAGUGGUUCAUAACCAAGGGAAAAUGAGUGUUUUGAUGAUCAACGACAUUGAUGCUGGCCUUGGUAGAUUUGGUAACACCCAAGUGACAGUCAACAAUCAAAUUGUUGUUGGAACUCUGAUGAAUUUGUGUGAUAAUCCUACAAGGGUAAGUGUAGGGCAGGACUGGAGACAAGGAGAUAUAACACACAGGAUUCCCAUUAUUGUGACAGGAAAUGAUUUUUCAACAAUUUAUGCUCCCCUAAUUCGUGAUGGGAGAAUGGAGAAGUUCUAUUGGCAGCCCACCCAAGAAGACAUCGUGAAUAUUGUUUGCAGAAUGUACGAGAAAGAUGGGAUAACAAGGGAUGAGGUUGCGACUAUUGUUAAUACAUUCCCAAAUCAAGCAUUAGAUUUUUAUGGAGCUAUGAGAUCUAGAACAUACGACCAGUCCAUCCUAAAGUGGGUUGAAGAUUCUGGAGGUGCUGAAGAUAUUGGCAGAAGAUUUCUUCGACAAAGAAAGAAGGGAGAACUCCCAGUUUUUGUUCCUCCAGAGGUCGUGCUCCUAAACUGACCAAUAUCUAAGAUGAACCUUUGCUUUUUCGAUAACAUCCAAAGAUGAUUCUUUCAAGGGAGGAAUUACAGUGAAUAAGGUGUUACUUAUUAACAUUAAGAGCAAAAUCUUGAAAAACUCUAUUUUUAUUUGAUCAUCUUCCAUUGUGUGGAUCAUUUAUGGAUAUAAAGUGUAACAAAGAGAAAUUCAUCUCUUUGUUAUCUUAAUUCUUUCAUUGUAAGUUGAAAGGAAGAGUUAGCAGACAAGAUCUACAGUGUGUUUGGUAUGAACCAAUUUUCUUAUGUUCGGUUGGUCAAAUAUUUUGGAAAACAUUUUCUCUAGGAAAACAAGAUCCUUACAAAUGGGGAAAAUGAUUUCCCUAAUGAAAGUAGGGAAAACAAGUUGCACCAGUGACAUUCCACAUUGAUCGCGUCCUCUCCAGUCUCCACUCUCUAACACACCUCAUUUUCACCUCCAUCCAGCCCCUCAUCCCACCAUCCCACAGUUGUACCUCCCUACCCCUCCCAUAGUAUUUGUCUAAAUUAUAUACAAAUGGUUUUAGGAUAAUAUUUUUUUUCUUACCUACCAAACACAAGAAAAUAAGUAAGAACACACUUAUUUUUCCAGAAAACAUUUUCCUUCAUACCAAACACACACUUAAAGUAGCUCUAGCUUGCCUAGAAAUUGAUAGAGGUUACAUGGUUUUCUAGGAAUUACCUGGUACCUAUUGUUGGUGGGAGGUGUUAGGUAUUCCGUGAAAUUAGUCGAUGUGCGCGGAGUUUUGGGCUAAAAUCAUCCUUGAAGUAUAGCCCAAACUUAGGGUACAUCCUUAUGCUAUAAUUGUAAACAAAAAACAUCCUUGAACUAUCCCAAACUUUGCAAUAAACAUCC